AUGUACAACGUCCCGACACCCACCGUCACCUCUGCAUUCAAAGUUGAUGUGACUCACAAGGUCGACUGCGACAGCAACUUACUGAGACCCAAAAUGAACCUCUUCUUCAAAUCAGAGUAUAAUGGGGACCAGGAAACCUCCAACAUGGUCAUCCUCAACAUUAAGAUGCUCUCUGGAUUCAAACCAGAUUCUCGGUCUCUGAAAGAGCUGGAGGGCGCAUUGCUGGUCGAAAGGAUUGAAAAUGACCAAAAGGACAAUGACCAUUAUUUGGUCUACCUGAAAGAGCUACCGAAAGGCAUCCCCAUCAAUCAUCAAUUAGUGGUGGUACAGGAACGCGAAGUGAGUAACCUGAAGCCCGCCGUGGUGGUACUCUACGACUACUACCAGCCCAGCGACAGUGAUGAGACAGAGUACAGUUACCCCUGUGCUUGA